GGCUGGCUGGGAAGUGUUGAAACCCAGAGCUUCCACGUCUGCACUCGGGAGGGAGGGAGGGCGCAGGCUCCUUCCCCUUUAUCCCCUCCUGGUCGCCAGGGGGCAGGCUGCCCCAGCGUCCCGGAAGUCGGGCCAAGAGGAUAUCACGCGCGAAACCCAGAAACCAGACGCCCAAAAUGUUCACUCUUCCUCAGAGGGAAGCCACAACACCUACUGCGUGUUCAGGCUCAACCUCUUCUCAGGACAUGGAGAAUGGCUGUGGUGAUGUUCUGCAAGGAGAAUGCCUCAGAGAGCCAGACUGCAAGCAGUCCAAACUCUAUGGAGUGGGUGACCCCAUGGCCAUGUUCUCCUCUGACAGCUCCUGCCUGUCCUCUAGAGGAAGAGUCAUCAAAUGGUUCUGGGACUCAGCUGAGGAGGGCUACAGAACCUACCACAUGGAUGAGUAUGAUGAGGAUAAGAACCCCAAUGGCAUCAUUAACUUGGGCACCAGUGAGAACAAACUCUGCUUCGACCUUCUGUCCAGGCGGCUGAUGCAGAGUGACAUGCUUCAUGUGGAGCCAUCUCUGCUGCAGUACCCCGACUGGAGGGGACAUCUGUUCCUCCGGGAAGAAGUGGCAAGGUUCUUGUCUUUCUACUGUAAGAGCCCGGCACCCCUCAAACCAGAGAACGUGGUAGUUCUGAAUGGCUGUGCCUCUCUCUUUUCCGCUCUGGCCACAGUGCUGUGUGAGGCAGGAGAGGCUCUCUUGAUCCCCACCCCUUACUAUGGAGCCAUUACCCAGCACGUCUAUCUCUAUGGCAACGUCCGACUGGCCUAUGUCUACCUGGACAGCAAGGUAACUGGACUGAACACACGUCCCUUCCAGCUCACAGUGGAGAAGCUGGAGAUGGCCUUGCAAGGAGUUAAUUCUGAGGGUGUCAAGGUCAAAGGCCUCAUCCUCAUCAACCCCCAGAACCCUCUGGGUGACAUCUACUCCCCUGAAGAGCUACAGGAGUUCCUGGGAUUCGCCAUGAGGCACCAACUGCAUGUGAUCAUGGAUGAAGUUUACAUGCUGUCCGUGUUUGAAGAGUCUCUUGGGUACCGCAGUGUCCUGAGCCUGGAAAGGCUGCCUGAUCCCCAGAGGACACAUGUGAUGUGGGCCACCAGCAAAGACUUUGGGAUGUCUGGACUCCGCUUUGGCAUACUGUACACAGAAAACCAGCAUGUGGCUACUGCCGUGGCCUCCCUCUGUCGCUACCAUGGCCUCAGUGGCCUGGUCCAACACCAGAUGGCACAGCUGCUCCGGGACCAUGACUGGAUCAGCCAGGUGUACCUGCCAGAAAACCACGCCCGACUCAAGGCUGCCCACACCUAUGUCUCAGAGGAGCUCAGAACCCUGGGGAUCCCCUUCGUGAGUCGUGGGGCAGGCUUCUUCAUCUGGGUUGACUUGAGAAAGUACCUUCGCAAAGGCACAUUUGAGGAGGAGGUGUUGCUCUGGUGCCAAUUUUUGGAUAACAAGGUGCUGCUGUCCUCUGGGAAGGCCUUUGAGUGCAAAGAACCCGGCUGGUUCCGGGUGGUCUUCUCAGACAAGGAGAACCGUCUCUGCCUGGGGAUGCAAAGGAUGCGGCAGGUGCUUGAAAGGCAAUCUCAAGUGGUAGAAGAUACCUCUCCCUGUCACACUCAGGAGCCAAGUACCCAGCCCAUAUGAGCAGGCCAUUGCCUCACACGCAGCCACUGUCCUCGUGACCUGGACGUGUAGGGUCACGGAGCACUGAGUGUGGAUGUGCCAUUUGUCUGUAGGAUUUCGUCACUUGGCUUUGGCCUUGAAGAACUGUUUCCUGCCCUCCCUGCUGGCAGUUUAAACUGAUGUUUAUUCCGGGCUGUUGCUGUCCUCUAUUCAGUGGGAUUGGGACCAGCCAGGUAUCUGUGCUGUGAAUAGUGUACAGAAUGGGAAGUCGUGACUGCUCCUAACCACAGCUCCUCCCUAGGACACAAGAGUAAAUAAGUAACUGUUCAUUCUUUGUGAUGGUGCCUUCCUGCCUUUCUUGUUGCCGGGGAAACCAGCCAGAGGAAAAGCACACACAUACACAGCAAACACACACACACACACACACACACACACACACACACACACACAGUGAUAACAUUCCAAGGUGCAUGGAAUGAAUUCUGUUUGUUCAGGUUUUAGGAGCCCAGGACAGGCCUCAGCUUGGCCUGUGAGCAGAACUCCAUGGUCGGAGUUAGGAGGGUCUCCUUGAUGGAGCUGAAAUGCCCCCUCAAGUUCUGGGACCCACCUCCUCUUGCCUAGGAAGGAAGUGCCUUCACUGUUGUUCCCAAAGCUGUGGCCUAGCAAUGGCUGGGGAACAGGGAAGGAUUAGAGGCUGGAUUUCAGAGCCAAGGCUGUCUGCGGGCCAGGCAGAAGUUGGUCUUUCUGUGCUAAGAAAGGCUACGAAGGGGCCUGGCUGCUCCAGCUUGAGGGGUGCUUUGGUAAAGAUCCCAAAAGAAUAUUUGAUUCCUGUGCUGACCUGCGCAUACAGUGCCUAUAGUCACAGCUGUGAGAGCAGCUGAGGCAGGAGGAUUACUUGUACCUACCUAUGAGUCUGAGAUCAGCCUGGGCAGUACAGUAUGAGUAUGUCAAUGAACUCAGCAUAGCCUAGGCUAUCCUCAGACCCACCAUUCUGCUUGCAGGCAGCCAUCAUUGUGCCCAGCAUAUCCUGUCACAGAUGAGGGAACCCAAUCUUAGGGAGAUGGAAUGAUAUUCUGAACUUUAUGUAGAUCAGGACCCAAGGGUGGUUUGCUUGGUUCAGAAUCUGCAUGUGGGGGUUCGGAGAGAUGGCUCAGUGGGUAAGAGCACUUGCUGUUCUUCAGAGGACCUGGAUUGAGUUCCCAGCGUUCACAGUGGGCAGCUUAUAACU